GAAAAGGGUUGGCUUGACAAAGAACGAAUGAAUGAAUGAAGUUUGUCUGUAGCAUAGAUACAGCAUAAGAAGCCUCACCUCUCAUCCCACCAUGGCUCUCUGGAUCCACUCACUGCCUCUCCUGGCCUUCCUUGCUCUCUCUAGCCCCAGUGUCAGCUAUGCUGCAGCUAACCAGCGCCUGUGUGGCUCUCACUUGGUGGAUGCUCUCUAUCUGGUGUGUGGUGAAAGGGGUUUCUUCUAUUCUCCUAAAGGUCGACGGGACCUUGAACAGCCUCUAGUGAAUGGGCCUCUGCGGAACGAAGUGGAAGAGCUAGCAUUCCAACAGCAGGAAUAUGAGAAAGUGAAGAGGGGAAUUGUCGAGCAAUGUUGCCAUAACACCUGCUCCCUUUACCAGCUGGAAAACUAUUGCAACUAG